AUGCCUUCACCUCCUUCACCUAGUUAUUCUACUAGACGUUCAUCAGUUUUCGCGGAUUUAUUAACUCUUUUUCGUCGAAAGAGUACUUUUGCGUUUCCCCGUCGUUCUAUUUACCAUGCAGCUCCACCUUCAGAACAACUCCGAUAUGCUAGCAAAGAUUGUGAAUUGGGUGGAAGUACGGUGUUAAAAGGGGCAGUUGCUGAUGAAGUUGACCGGGAACAUGCCGAUGAUGAAGAAGCAGCUGAUACAAGUGGUCGACCAUUGACUAGACAACAUUUACUUAACAAAAUAAGAGAAAAGAAGGAAGUAAUUAACAAACUUAGAUGUCAACCAUGGAAUAUGAAUCGAAAGAGACGAACUCUCAGACUUGCACAAAAAUAUCUUGAACAAAAUGAAUCAAAAGUAUCCAAAACACAUUUGUACAAAGAGGAAUUAGUAAAACGCUGGAGACAAUUUCUUCGAUGGUUAGGCAACAUUUGGAUAUAUUUUGUUCCAUGGGAAUCUCGAAUAAAACGAAUAGAGAGCCAAUUUGGUUCAGUUGUUUCAAGUUACUUUACUUUUCUUCGUUGGGUCAUCUGCAUCAAUUUCACUAUAACUGUUGUGAUUAUUGCUUUUAUUGUUGUCCCUGAAUGUAUAGCUGAUGCGAUUGCUGACCCAGAACGUAAAAAUCGAACGGCUGGUCGUAAACAGAUCUCACCUGAAGAAUUACGACAUGCUAAUGAAUUGGCAGUUGUUUGGCAUUUUGAUAUUUUUUCGUUUUACAAGUUUUAUUUUUUUAACAGGAUAGCAAAAAAUGCACGGAUUAGUAAGUUGUCAGGCACUAAAGCAGAGCAAUACGUAUUCAAUUGGAAACUUUUUACUGGUUGGGAUUAUUCUAUUGGCUCUGCUGAAACUGCACAGAACACUGCAAUGGCUGUAGUUAUUAAACUUCGCGAGGCUAUCAAUGAGUGUCAUAGUUAUGCCGGACGUGCAUGUAUACCUUCACGUUGGGCAAUCCGAAUUGUGACCAAUACAGUGAUUAUAGGAAUGAUUGCCCUUUCAGUCUAUUGCAUUCAAGCAGCAAUGCGUUCUUCAGAAACUGUAGAAAAGUCUUCUGGCAGUUUAUUCACUAAAAAUCAGGUAACUUUAAUGCUUUCUCUAUUUGAAAAACUUGACAACAUUAGAGACAUAUCUCGCGUAACUGCAGCCACUUUACUUGAUGAUUCUGCCGAAAAUACAGCAGAUUAUGAGAGAUGGAAUUCUAAUUCAAAUCAACAAACACAACAAUUUUAUAGUAGAAACUUUUCUUCUCCAAAUCAAUUGAAACAAUUUUUUAUGGAUGCUUUUAAUUUUAUGACAAGACAACACGGACGUAGACAAGCAGAAAAUGGAGGUGAAGAAAUAGGAAAACUUAAUGUUGAUGGAACUUCGGUUACUGUUCGGGCUCAAUUUGGCCCUGUUGGUGUAAAUAAUCCAACGGUUUUAUUACGAAAUUAUACGCAACAUCCAGUCCUCGAAUCAGAUUCUUUUGAGACAAGAAAGAUUGGGCCAACGCCUUUACCUCUGUUCACUCCACCGCCAAUUCCACCAACAACUCGUACACCAACAUUUCGAGAACAAAAUUUUGGCCCUAACUGGAAAAACGUAGAUAUAAAGUCUGAUAAAGAACGAGGGAAUGAUCACCAAUCAUCAACAACUCCAAUUUUGGCGUCAACAGUGCCUAACAUUACUGUUAAAAGGCCGAUUGAUGGACUUCCAUUUGCAAAAAUUGAAAAAAUGCCGACAAUGCCAACAGGGAAUGGUGGAGAGGUUCGGCAUAAUUCUUUCAUUUUGUAUUUUUCCAUAUUACAGGAAAGGUCUACCGUUAGAGGAAAUGGUCGUUUAACCUCUGGUGAUGGCACUUCUCGUACUCGCAAUCAGCAGAGACUGUCAGAGCUCGUUGAGCCAGAAGCAACAACUUCUACAGCUAUACAAACAACCAUGGUUCAAUCUACUGAUUGGACGAACGAUGAUGAUGAUAUUGAGAAUAAUGUUCAUUAUAACGAAGAAAUAUGUUGGGAAACUAUGCUUGGGCAAGAAAUUGUUAAAUUAGUUACAAUGGAUCUUUACAUCACAAUUAUAUCAAUUUUCUUAAUUGAUUUUGUUCGUGGUAUUUGGAUUCGUUAUUGUUCCUCUUGGUGGUGUUGGGAUAUUGAAACAACUUUUCCAGAAUAUGGAGAAUUUAAAGUAGCCGAAAAUGUCCUUCAUAUUUGUAAUAAUCAAGGAAUGGUUUGGCUUGGUCUUUUCUUUACACCUUUAUUGCCAGCUAUUAAUAGCUUUAAACUUAUCUGUUUAAUGUAUAUUCGAGGUUGGGCAUGUACAACUUGUAAUGUUCCGGCAAGAGAAAUUUUUCGUGCUUCUAGAUCAUCCAGUUUCUUCCUUUAUAUUCUUUUGAGUGCUCUUCUUCUUUGUAUAGUUCCAGUUGGUUAUGUAAUAACCGUAAAGCGUCCGUCAAUUCUUUGUGGUCCAUUCGCUGGUCAAUCACAUUUUUAUGCAAUUGUUACAGAUUUAAUCAAAGGGCAUGUGAACAGGAAGGUUCUACGUUGGGUACGUUAUUUGACUUCGCCAGGUGUGAUAUUCCCGUUUAUUUUGUUGCUUGUCUUGUUUAUUUUCUUCCUUUUUUCAUUGGUUCGUGGACUUCGAAAAGCGAACAGUGAUUUACAAAAUCAACUUAUUCAUGAAAGAACUGAAGAAAAACGAAAAAUUUUUGAAUUGGCUGGCGGUGGUACGCGCAAGAAAGGGCCAAGUUCUUUUGGUGCAUCAACCGUACGUGCAGCAGCAAAUUUAUUACAACCACACAAAAGUGGAAGUCAGCGAAAAAUGAUUGCCGGUCAGCAUUUGCCGGAGGUAGAAAAGAAACGUCGUGAGCCUUGGCGUAUUUUUAGGCGGGAAUCAAAUAGUAAAGACAAUCAUACUACUUUGUCUUUUUGUCCAUCUGAUGAACCACCUAGUUCGUUAAAUUCUCCAAUUUCAAUUGAAGCGCCUAUGUUGGAAUCACUAGCAAAAAAUCAGGCAACACUAACUCAAAAUGAUAAAAAGCAACAACAUCCUUCAAUAAUUCCUUUAAAUGUGACAAAUGAUAGAAUUAGACCUUCAAUUAGUUCUGUUGAAAAAUUUGAUCGUGAAAGUAUUCACUCGUCUUCUGAUACACUAAAACAUGCUUCUCCUAAAAAGUUGCAAAAUCAACAACCAAGUACUGCAGCAAUUACUCAAAAUAGAAAAAAUGGGGAUGGCAUGCCUAGGAGAUUUAGUGGAGGAGAUGGCUAUGAUAUUUCAGAAGGCACUCCUGAGACUGUUCGAAAGCUGAUUGCACAACAUCAAAAUUCUCAGCAACAACAACAAAAGCAACUAAAUAUUCCAUUGUUCCCAAUAGACUUGCCUUCUAUAAGAGAAGAUAUUUCAAGCAUUAAAGAGCCUUCCUGCAGUGUUGUGACUUGUAAAGAUGAAAUAGAUAAAAAGAAGCCAGAAGUGUCGAAAGUUAAAGUAGAACUUCCAAAAGCUACAACAAAAUCAUCUUCGAAUGUGAAACGUCAUAAAAUAAUUCCUAACAAGCUUAAUUUAACACAAUGUUUGAAUCGACAAACUUCAAUAACCUCUCCUGUUGACGAUGAUGUUUUUUCCUCAAAAAAUAACAUUACUAAAUCUAAUGAAGAUUACUCGGUUGUUUUGAGUGAUGAGGUUUCUGAUACAUAUGACUUUAUCAAUGCUGGCAUCCCCUCUGGAGAGGCGCCUCACCGAAUUUCUUUAUAUUCACGCGAGCCACGGAGAAUUGGUGCUGGUGAUGGGACAACACAUCGAAUAUCUGACAAGAAACAGCCUAUAAUUCAUUCCUCGCAAACACAAAAAAAUAUUAAGGAAAAGCAAACACCAAAACAACAAAAACAAACGACAGCAAAGCAAUUACACUCACCACCAGAUUCUAAACCGAGAAGAUUAUCUAUGAAGUCACACACAUCCAGUGAAUCCAAUGUUCUUCCUGCUGGGAUGAGCAGUCAAUUUGUUCCUUUGACAUCCCCUGAUGAGAUAAAAAAUCAACAACGGACACAAUUAUUACGUCCAACAAGCAUUGGACCUAUUUCAAAAAUUAGGCAUAUCGAGAGAGGAGGAGAGAUUAAUAAAAACAUUCCUACACCAUCAACUUCAUCACUUCAAUCUACAUCAUUAUCAUUGAAACAACAACCAGUUGAAAGGCAGAAUCGUGCCAAAUCACCUUCAAAAAUGAUCAAAUCAAUUCAUUCUGGUGAACUGCCAAGUUAUCGACAAUCUAGACAAAUGUCGCCACCACGUCGUUUCCGAAUUACAGUUUCACCAACACGGCAAAUGACAAUUAUAAAUCAAGAAGUUGAAAUGAUAGAAGAAUCACAUCCAACUUUGGAGGAAACGCAAAAAAAGUCUCCAAGACGUACAGUGAUCAAGCAACAAGUAUUUACUGGAUCUACUUCAACUUUUGGAGACCCCGUUUCUGGUUUGGGUGAAGAAAGAGGCUCCUCAUUGACUGCAGCUUGUCGUCGUAUGAAUCAAAAACAACAAUUGGGAGGCCAACAAAAUUUAGCCCCUCGAAUUGAAUUUGGGGAUGAUGAUUCACCGCGUGUUGAACAACUUCCCUCCUUUUUGAAACAAAAUUUACCCAAAUAUUAA